AGUGUCCCUCCAAGCCUGGCAAUAGGCCCAUCGCCAUAGCAACCACACUCUAUAAGCCUUUCUCCUCUUGCUCAAGUUUUCUGGACCGUCCCUUCCCCAGCCCCAAAUGGCUGAACGGGAGGAGCUUUGCUUUGUCCAUUCCUCCUGUCUGUCUGUUUGGAACUUAGUGGCAGGAGAGGUGAGCACACUUUGGCUGGCUCCUGCCUGGAGUGACACACACACACACAAAUGCCUUCUGUGAAGUCAGUGGCCCGCAUUCUGACUUGCAUAAUCCUUUGGUUUUUAGUUUUAGCUCAAGCAGCGACCAGAAUUUACCAUAUUGGAAUUGUGGAGGAGGACUGGGACUACGCACCAACUGGGAAGAAUCUGAUUACAGGACAAAAGCUUACAGAGGAUGAAAAAGCCGCUGUGUAUGUGAAAAGAGGAGCCGACAGAAUAGGCCGUGUUUACAAAAAGGCAAUUUUCAGACAAUUCACAGAUGAGACCUAUUCCCAGGAGAUCGCCAAACCAUCGUGGCUGGGUUUCCUUGGUCCAGUGCUGAGAGCUGAAGAACAGGAUACUUUUAUCAUUCAUUUAAAAAACUUUGCUUCCCUGGCUUAUUCCAUACAUCCACAUGGAGUCUUCUAUAAGAAAGAUUCUGAAGGAGCCCUCUACCCAGAUGGAACAAGUGGCAAAAGCAAAGAGGAUGAUUUUGUGCUUCCUGGCUCUAAUUAUACCUAUUCAUGGCCAGUCACCGAUGACUUUGCUCCGACUUUGACAGACCCCCAGUGCCUGACUUGGAUUUAUCAUUCACACAUUGACACUUCGAGGGAUAUCAGUUCUGGGUUAAUCAGUCCAUUACUGGUUUGUAAGAAAGGAUCAUUAGACAAUGCAUCCAUGUCAGUCACUGAUAUUAAAGGCUUUGCCCUCAUGUUCAGCAUUGUGGAUGAAAAUCUCAGCUGGUACCUAGAUGAGAAUAUAAAUACUUUCUGCUUGGAGCCAAGCAUGGUCGAUAAAGAGGAUAAAGAUUUCCAGCUCAGUAAUAAGAUGCACGCAAUUAAUGGCUAUGUUUUUGGCAACCUCCCUGGCCUGGAGAUGUGUGCUGGUGAAUUGGUGUCCUGGUAUAUGUUUGGGAUGGGAACUGAGAUCGACAUUCACUCUGCACAGUUCUUGGACCACACCAUCAUCAACAGAGGACACCGGGCUGAUGUGGUCAGCUUGUUCCCAGCCACUUUCAUUACAGCAGAAAUGACAGCGGAGAAUGUUGGGAAGUGGCUUUUAACUUGCCAAGUCAAUCAUCACAUAGAAGCUGGUAUGAUGGGAUUAUACGACAUCAGGGCCUGUGGUCAAAAUAUUACUGAACCAUCACAGAGUGGUCAGGAAAGAAGAUACUUUAUCACUGCGGAAAGGAUCCUGUGGGAUUAUGGGCCUGGCGGCAUUGAUAAAUUCACUGGGCAGCCUUUAAAUGCUACUGGCAGUGACUCAGCAACUUUCUUUAUACAAGGGGAUGACCGAAUAGGAGGGCGGUACUGGAAAGUACACUAUGUGUCAUACACUGAUGGAAAAUUUGCUAAAAGAAAGGAACAGCCUGAAAAUGCCAUCCACUUUGGCAUACUCGGCCCAGUUAUCAAAGCGGAAGUUGGAGACACCAUUUUGAUUACUUUUGCCAACAAAGCUGACAAGAACUUCAGCAUGAUGCCCCAUGGUGUGGCCUUCACCAAGGAUUCAGAAGGAGCCCCUUACAAAGAUGGGCAUCAGAAACCAGGAGCCCAUGUUAAACCUGGUGAGACCUUUGAGUACAAAUGGAACAUUCCGGACAGUGUUGCUCCAACAGAUAGUGAUCCACCUUGUCUCACCUACCUAUACUAUUCAGCUACUGAUCCAGUAAUGGACACCCAAUCUGGCCUUGUGGGGCCUUUAAUAAUCUGUAAGAAGAAUUCUCUGGAACCUGAUGGAACACAGAAAGGCGUAGACAAAGAAUUCUAUCUGCUCUUCACAGUCUUCGAUGAGAAUCUGAGUUUCUACCUUGACAUUAAUAUUGAGGCAUUUACUGGCGAACCCUCGAAGGUUAAUAAGGAAGAUGAGGAUUUCCAGGAGUCCAACAAAAUGCAUGCUGUCAAUGGGUACCUGUUUGGUAAUUUGCCUGGCCUCACCAUGUGUGAGGAUGACAAGGUUUCCUGGCACCUGAUUGGACUAGGCACUGAAACAGACAUGCAUGGUGUUCAUUUCCAAGGAAACACCAUCCACUCGCAUGGCACAACGAGGGAUACCCUUGCCUUGUUCCCUCACACAUCAACAACAGUGCUGAUGCAGCCAGAUCGAGUAGGCACUUUCCAAGUGGUUUGCAGAACGUUCGAUCAUUUUACGAGUGGGAUGAAGCAGCUGUAUGACGUCAAGUCCUGCCACAAGGUAGCGCCUGAUGGGAGGUGGCGCUAUGGGACCAUGAGGACGUUUUACAUUGCCGUUGAGGAAGUGGAGUGGGACUACGCUCCUGACAAGAGAUUGGCAGAGAAAAAAGGGGAGGCAACGAACAAAGAAGAAAGUUACGGACAUGUGUUUGUGAGCCAAGCUGAAGAUCUCAUAGGUUCAAAGUACAAGAAGGCGGUUUAUCGAGAAUUCGAAAGUGGAGAUUUUACAACGCGCAAAAACAGGACAGCAAAGGAGCAGCACCUACAGAUUCUAGGACCCUUGAUCCGUGCAGAGGUUGGCGACUCAAUACUAAUUGUGCUUAAGAACAAAGCUAGUAGGCCUUAUUCGAUAUCAGCACAUGGCAUAGAAGAAGUUGAGAGUCAAGCACGCAUCACUAUGCCAGGAGAAAUAAACACUUACCGAUGGAAUGUCCCAGAAAGGUCAGGUCCUGGUAUCUCCGAUCCUAACUGUAUCACUUGGGUUUACUACUCAACAGCACAUUUUGUAAAGGACAUGAUCAGUGGUUUGAUUGGGCCGCUUAUCAUUUGUAGAAGGGGAGUAUUAAAUGAGAAGGGUUUCAGGAGGGACAUUGAUCGUGAAUUUGCCCUUCUGUUCCUGGUCUUUGAUGAAAAUGAGUCCUGGUAUUUGAAUGAAAACAUUAAGAAAUAUCUGCGCAAGAACCCUAAAGAAUUCAAUCAGACUGAUGACUUUGUGGAAGGAAACAAAAUGCACGCAAUCAAUGGGAAGAUCUUUUACAAUCUCCACGGGUUAACCAUGAAUGAAGGCGAAAACACAAACUGGUACCUGAUAGGAAUGGGAAACGAAAUUGACCUUCAUACUGUCCAUUUCCAUGGAGAGAGCUUUCUCUUCAAGAUGGAUCAUGAUCACAGAGGGGAUGUGUACGAUCUCUUCCCUGGGACCUUUCAGACCGUUGAACUUGUAGCAUUUAACCCUGGGACAUGGCUUCUACAUUGCCACGUGCAUGAUCACAUCCAUGCUGGGAUGGAGACAAUGUACACUAUUGUCAAAUCAGAUGAUGCAGCCACAACCACAGUGUAUGGUACACCUACUGUCCGCAUCAGGAUUGCUGGAAAAGGCACUGACAGCCCAGGAAUAGAAUUAUUUGGGGGGAACCUGGGCCUGGGAGAAGCGAGUGCCAUGCUCCAAGCUCUCUUUCUCAUUGGGCUUAUGCUCCUGGCAGCCGUCUUAAUCCUUAUGCUCUUUAUCGUUUGUCAAAAGAAAAAGGCCCAUUACAGCGCACGUUGUCACAAAUGUGAUCUCCCAAUGGAGCCCCUCUAAUCUGACUGCACAGAGGACUUCCCUGCACGUCUCCAUCAAGAGGUGUAUCUUGGGGUGAGACAAAACAGAUAUUCAUGUCAUGUUGACAGACUGGACGACUAGACUUGCUGCUGCAAUGAAAUACUUCUGAAUGGAAUUACUGUUGUGACAAAACUGGACGUGCUAUUUUAAUUCAUCUGGAUUUAUAGAGUCCUUCCCAUGUGGGUCCAUCUCAGAUUGGGCCCUAGAAUAUCUGGGGUUUGUGUCUAGCCCAGAAUGGAUCUGAACUGGGCUCUGUGAGGAUCUGGACCCAAUUUGAAAUCUAGAUUAAUUUUCCAGACCUCCAGAGGAUAUCUGGGAAAUUAACUGCUUGGGUAAAACCUCAAGGGCUGGUUAAUGCAAUCCCCAAGUGCAAAUUUUGUUACCAAAGAUGAUGCAAAACCAGUCAUUUAUCCUAGAAGUGUCAGUUUAUUUAUAGAUUGCAAACUCCUCUUGCAGAGAAGCCUGAGGGAAGGGUCCUCCAAACUGUAGUAGUGCAACCCCCAAAAUCUCCUGGCUCCUUGCCACAUACAGCAUAUGAUAUUACCAUUGCUAGUAGAGUGGGAAAAAUUUAUAAAGCUCAGGUUUGUCAGAUCAUGCCGACAUCAGGUGAUGUCAUCAGCUAUGUCUUCACCAUGAAGCAAGACCACAGAAGCACUGCUUGUGAUCAAAAGUGAGUAGGGCCUAGAAGACAAUGCCAGUAGGAAUGCAGGCUUGUCUCAUCUCCUGUUGGCAAGGUUGAGGGAUAACAGGGUUGCUCCUGAACAAAUCAGCUACUACUAUCUCAAACCUCUAUGGAAGAAAGUCAGAGAAAGCAGAUGAGGUGAGAGCAAAACCGAAUCUCCAUUCUAGACACCGGAGAUUCCAAUAUCAGAGGUUUUGAUAUCGGAUUUCUCCUUCACUUCAGGUCCCCAAACUGCAGCUGCUUUAACUGUAUGGCUCCCAUUGAGAAAGGAGACUUCGGAGACAUCCCUUAUCUGUCAGAAAGCUUUGGGUAGCCCUGGGCAAUGCACUUAGCCCCUUUUGCAAGGAUAAAGGGGGAUAACCCCCAUGGUGUGCUCCUCUGAGGUCCUUGAAGGAAGGGCAGGAUGAACACAUGGCAAACAAAAUGAAGAAACUGUGCUGGCUCACCAAAGAAAAGCUAAUUUCUCAGUACAAACACCGAUUGUUGGAGGUGCCUGCUCCUCUCAAUCUUUUAAUCUAUCUGAUUGAUUAAAACAAUGUCUUCCUGAAUCUGUAGAAGAUAUCAGUGACACAAUCAGACCAUAGACAGUGAUAAUUAUAGAUAGACACACACAAUAGGAAACCCCUCCCUUCCCCCCCUUCUUCUUCUUGGAAUAUUUGUGGUAUUACUUUGGAUAUGUUCCUGUGGACAGAACUGCCAGCCAAAUUGAGGUAUUUUUUACGUCUUAUGGAUUUCAGUGGACUAGUGACGUAAUUGCUUUAACUUUCACAUGCUGAAAUCCAUGAGACUUAGAAGUGUUGAAUUUUAGCUGGGCAGCAUCCAUUGUUUUCACACUUACUGCCACAGUGAUCCCAAAAGGUAAGUUUAUGUUGGUUGGGAGCAUCACAGAUUUCUAGUUAUGCAAGGAAAUCAGAUGGAAAAGCAGGUAAUUCUUUGGCAUAUGCAAAGGAGGGUUACCUUCUAACACAAAUGCUUUUCAUCAUGACAGAAGAUAAACAGGUGCCUAACCACAAAACAUUAGUGCAUAAGUCACAUAAAGUCAACAUUAACCACCAGGAAGUAUUCACAUGGGGCUUUUAAAGCCCUUUAACUCGCAUUUCCUCCGGAAUGGAGGGGGUGCGUUCACAUAUCAGCCAAAUUUACCCCAAAGUCACUGCAAGUUAUCAGCGAGCAGUUCACACACACUUCAGGUUUUUCAUUGCACAUUAGAGUGUAGCCCAAUUUAUAUCCAGGUUGAAAAAAAUCUGCUACUGGCACCAGGUUUUUUGGGACUUCAGAUUCUCAGUAAAGCCUCCCAGUAAACUCAUGGUGAAGCCUGCUGUGUGUAAAGGUCCCAGGGGAUUAUGGACUGAUGGAAGUCAUGCACAUGUGGAAUACAUAUCCUCACAUGCAUGUGAUGGUUGCUGAUUGUUGCCUUAUAGCUGUGUAAUUCUUCAUACUGCAUGAAUGAAUGAAUGAAUGAACGAACGAACUACCUCUUGAAAGUCCCCAACGUUUAGGAGCAGCUUUUUGUGAGGGGCUGAAGUGAGGAGGGGGUCUCCAAAAGCCCAUACAGUCCUUUGGCUCUCAGCCUUUAUGUAUUUAUGCACUAAAUAUAUUGGCCACAACCCAGCACAGACUUUAGGCAGUCAUCCUGAACAGACUUACUAGGGGUAAGGACCAUUCAACACAGCGAUCCACACGUUGCAAAACAUUGCAGUCACAGAAGUUGGGAAUAUGCACGAGUGCCAGAAAAUAUCAUAGCUGUGUCGUGUCCAAGUGCACAAGAACCGCAGUUGAGGAACUAUUUUGCACAAGCUCAGCCCUUGUGCAAAAAGAGUAGUGGAACACUGGAUUUCAAAUUGUUUUCAUGAAAGCACACAGGCUCCUUUAUUUCUCGUGCUAUGACAGUUGCUGCUCAUUAAUGUUGCAUAGCACUAUUGCAACAUCCUUCUAUAACCUUGUGCAUCAUGUGGACAAGUAGGAGGUGUGUGAUACAGUUCUAACAUGUUUACUCAAAUGUAGGCUCUGUUGUGUUUAAUGGGUUUUAAAGUGGGUUUAAAUGUGCUAAAUUUUGCAAUGAACUGUGGCCAUGACCAUUAUUUAUUACAGUAAUUGCUCUGCUUAUUGGUGAAAGUUAACUUAUCUUUCCAUGACUGUGUACCUGAAAAACAUACAUUACACUAGUGCAGGCCUGCUCAACUUAGGCCCCCCAGCUGUUUUUGGACUACAGUUCCCAUAAUCCCCAGCCACAGUGGCCAAUUGCCAGGAAUUAUGGGAGUUGUAGGCCAACAUCUGCAAGAGGUUCGAAGUUGAGCAGCCCUGCACUAGUGCAACUUGCUUGGAUACAAUGUACUGUAUCAGUUGCCAUUGCCAAUAUGUAUACUGUAUGGUUGCUGAACUGGAAUGAAAGUAAAGGAAAAUAGCAAUUGUAUUGUACCCUAAAUAUUUAAUCAUAACUAUUAUUUGCAAGGCCUGUUGCACAACUGGGUAAAAUUCAAAGCAAUAUGGGAAUUGCAGAUGUUACAAAUACAGAUUUCUUUCCCUUUGGUAACCACUAGAUCUGUAUCAAAAGAUAAGACCAUUCACACAUUAAGUUCAACACUCAUACAAUGAGUGUACAGUGUACACAAGUACAGAUCUGUAUACAGGUACAAUCAUUCACAUGUUAUGUUGAACCCAGGUACAGAAGUACACUUCCUAUUUGGACCAUGCAUUUGAAGGGCCUGCAUCCAGGUUCACUUUUAAUAUGAACACAAGUACAGUCAUUUGUACAAAUACAUGUAUGAAUGUACAGAUAUCUGUGCACUCGUACAGCAUAAUGUCUGAAUCAGGCUGAUGUGUGUGUAAAAUGCUUGUAUACAGUUUGUAACUGCCCAACAGCAAAAACAAAGCCAAAUCAUUUGCACACUUCUUGGUUUUCCACGUGUAUGCUUCACAAUCAGGAUCAUAAAUUCGCAACAGGUAUAUAAAAUGAACUUUGGAGUUUUUCUUUUGUUUUUUUGUUUUAACUUACACAUCAAUACAAUUGGUUGUUGUUGUUUUAUAAAAAAUCUCUAUUUCUAGCUAUAUGGAUUCACUUUAGGUGCUGUGGUAGAAAUGUUAGGAGGUUUUCCUGUUUCUGAGAUUGCAGAGAUCGCUGCAGCAGUAACCAUGGAUCAGUUAGACUGACCAGCCCUAGUUUUUUACAUGGUGGGGAAAUGACCGUGUGCUUCAGGAACAUGUUCAUCUCUUACUAGUUUACGUUUCCGCUAAGUAAUAUGGCUGAUAAAUGCAAUCCAGCCAGGCAGUCCUCAACAAAAAAGGGCCAAAUGUUUGUGCAUUUGUAGUCCCAAUAAUAUGUGUGGCAGUAGGUUUGUGGUGUUCCUGAGGCUCAGGACCACACAUCAAAACAGAAUUCCAGGCCAGAUGUUUCAACCCAACUCAAAAUAACUGCUUGGUUCACAUUAGGUUCCUAUGUACACAAGGUCACACACUUGGGAAUAUUAUUGCACGGAGCAAAUAAGUGAGUGUAUCAGCACAACGCUUUUUAGUUUGGCAUUUAGAUAGACAGAUUCAAGGUUUAACAUCACUGGUAGCUUUCAAGAAAGCCCUUAAAACUUGGAGGGGGAGGGUGUUUGGCCAAUGGUUUUUAAACGGUACACUGUUUUAAAUUGUUUUAACUGUGUUAUUAUUAUUUUUUGUUAUUGUUUCUAAACCACUCAGGGCUGAUGGGGCAGUAUAGAAAUGUAAUCAAGGAAAUAAAUAAUAAAAUAAAUCAUUAUUAUUA